CCCUUCUCUAACUUUCCACCCAAACUUUCGCUCUCUUCUGCUCUUUCCUAACAACCAAACAAAACCCUUUUCUCGACCAGUCUCGUUACUUGUUUUUUUGUGUAGUGAUGGCAACCAAGAGGAGUGUUGGUGACUUGAAGGAAGCUGAUUUGAAAGGGAAAAGGGUGUUCGUGAGGGUUGAUCUCAACGUUCCUUUGGAUGAUAACUUCAAUAUCACCGAUGACACCAGAGUCCGCGCUGCUGUGCCCACCAUCAAGUACUUGAUGGGUUACGGCGCGAGAGUCAUCCUCUCUAGUCACUUGGGACGCCCAAAGGGUGUGACACCUAAGUACAGCUUGAAGCCUCUGGUGCCAAGGCUGUCUGAACUCCUUGGAGUAGAGGUUAAGAUGGCAAAUGACUGUAUUGGCGUGGAAGUAGAGAAACUGGUGGCUGAACUUCCCAAUGGAGGUGUCUUACUCCUCGAAAAUGUGAGGUUCUAUAAGGAGGAGGAAAAGAAUGAUCCUGAAUUUGCAAAGAAACUGGCUUCACUUGCAGAUCUCUAUGUUAAUGAUGCAUUUGGUACUGCUCAUAGAGCCCAUGCUUCCACAGAGGGAGUGGCCAAGUUCUUGAAGCCCUCUGUUGCUGGUUUUCUUAUGCAGAAGGAACUUGACUAUCUUGUUGGAGCUGUGGCAAAUCCCAAGAAGCCAUUUGCUGCAAUUGUUGGCGGUUCAAAGGUAUCAACCAAGAUUGGGGUCAUUGAAUCCCUCUUGGCUAAGGUUGAUUUUCUCUUGCUUGGUGGAGGAAUGAUCUUUACCUUCUACAAGGCCCAAGGAUACUCUGUUGGAUCAUCCCUUGUUGAGGAAGACAAGCUUGAUCUUGCAAUAUCACUAAUCGAGAAGGCCAAAGCUAAAGGGGUGUCUCUCCUGCUUCCUACUGAUGUUGUUAUUGCUGACAAAUUUGCUGCAGAUGCUAACAGCAAGAUUGUGCCAGCAUCGCAGAUCCCUGAUGGUUGGAUGGGUUUGGAUAUUGGACCUGAUUCUAUCAAGACCUUCAGUGAAGCUUUGGAAAAAACCAAGACCAUCAUCUGGAAUGGACCUAUGGGUGUGUUUGAGUUUGAAAAGUUUGCAGCAGGAACUGAGGCAACUGCCAAGAAGCUUGCAAAGCUCAGUGGCAAUGGAGUAACAACAAUCAUAGGAGGAGGUGACUCUGUUGCAGCCGUUGAAAAGGUGGGGCUCGCCGACAAGAUGAGCCACAUCUCCACUGGUGGUGGUGCCAGCUUAGAGCUUCUUGAAGGGAAAUCUCUCCCAGGAGUCCUUGCUCUUGACGACGCCUGAGCUUAAGUUUUUGCACUCCUUCCUCUGUUGAUGUUCAUGACUUUAUCGCGGCUGUUUUCCCAGCCCGAACUAGAGUGACUAUGUUGGGGCCUUAUAGGGUGCUUUGGUAAUAAAUGUAUCCUUCUGUGGUGCACUUGGAUUGGAUCUGUUUUGCGACAUUAGUGCUAAUGAUCCGUUUAGUUACAUGACUUUGUUUAUGUAUCUUCCAUUUCACUUAUGCUUUCGCAGCUUGUGCUGAAUUGUUCUGGUUCCUUCGGUUUUGCUAGUGACCUACCGAUUCUGCUGAAUCAGAUAAU